UGCAACUGUAAUGUUUUGUAUGGAAAUAUAUUGAAGUUACUGUGUUGUAUUGUACUGUAUUGUAUUUUAUUUUAUUGUACUGCACUGUAGUGUAUGUCCGAUUUAUGUUUGAAAGUUUGAUGUGUGCAGGUUUAAGAGUAAUAAAUACGAUGUUAUGCAAUGUGUCUAAUAUAUAUAAAGAUUGCCAAGAUGUCAUCUCACAUGUGGAUUGAAACAAAGUGAAAGAAUUUUCAAUAAAAAUACAAAAAUAUUGCAGUAGAUAAUGCGAAUUGUUUAUGCUUUUAAAUGUGUGACAAGUAGUUUAGAUAGUUGGCAACUGCAAUUAUAUGUGUGGCGCCAGACAAUCUAAUCUGCGUCGUAUGAGUGAUAGUGAUAAAUGAUUUCAAUUUUAUGCACUUCUCUACUGUGGUGAAUACUGUCGGCAGUCGUUUAUUCGUUAUAGUCAAAAACAGUUAUCUGUGCUGAGGAACGAGCAGUCGUCAUGGAUACUGCGGUAACUCCGACGCGAUCAGCCGACGAUGGACCAAGAAAAUUCUUCGUUGCAGGCGUCGAAGUGGAGUUCCCUGUUAAACCUUACAAAUGCCAAAUAUCUACAAUGAACAUGGUGAUCCGUGGUCUUCGUCACUUGUCCAAUACAAUAAUCGAGAGUCCAACUGGCUCGGGCAAAACGCUGUCCUUAUUAUGCUCGACCCUUGCUUGGCAGAGAGCAGAAUUUGCCCGCCUUAAAGACAUCGUGGAGAAAGAAGCUGCUGAGAAUGCUUUAAGACAGUCGGAGGAAGCAAAACGCCAACAGAUGCAAGUAGAUCAAGACAAAACUAAGAGGAAACAAGAAGCUCAAAGAGAGGAACAGAUAGUACAACGGAGGAGGGUAACCGGCGAAGACCGUGGAAUCGUGUAUUAUGAUGAAGACGAUGAUGAAGACAUGGACGAUUUUCAGCCAAAGAAAUUUGUGAAGAAAAUGGAAGGAACCAAGCUUCAGUCACAUAAUGAAGAGUCAACAACAGAAGCAGAGGGAGGCGCUGAUGGUUCAACGCCUUCCGAUACAGUGACAGUGGAUACGAGUUGGUUAUCAACCCAGUGUGGAUGUGUGCAGACUGAAGAAGUACCCCGAGCACCAAAAAUUUUCUAUUGUUCGAGAACGCACCAACAGAUAAAGCAAGUUGUACGUGAACUCAGGAAAUCAGUCUACAAGGAUGUGAAAAUGACUAUACUGUCCAGCAGAGAACACACUUGUAUCCAGAUACCGUGGAGCGGUCAUAAAUUCAAAAACAAGACGGAGAUGUGCCAUACGUUGCUUGAUCCCAUUGAGGGAUAUGGAUGCAUGUACAAAAACAAUCAUAUGUCAUCACAUGCUGCUCUUGAAAACUGCAAGAUGGUGUCCCCAUGGGAUGUGGAGGAUCUCGUACAGGCAGGCCAUAGAGUGAAGUCUUGUCCUUACUUUGCGUCACGUGAUCUGGUUGAUACAGCUGAUAUUGUGUUCUGCCCAUAUGUUUAUCUCAUUGAUCCAAAGAUUAGAAACAUGAUGAAACUGCAGCUGCGUGGAGCAGUCAUCUUGCUGGAUGAGGCACACAACAUUGAGGAUUCCUGCAGAGAUGCUGCAAGUUGCUCUGUGUUAUAUGAUGACAUUUUCCAAUCAAUGGAAGACUGCAAGAGAGUUGCAUCCAUGGGAAUCUUACCUGAAAUACAUGACAGCCUGGCAGCGUUCUUAAGUAACCUGAUGACGUGGAUGUCACAGAAAAUACGAUUUGCAGAAAUGUAUCAGACUGACAAGGAGAAGAUAGAUGCCAGCACAUGGGGUGGAGCAAUUGCUGUGGCAAGUUUUGAGGAACAUAACGUCAACCUUGAAAGUAUAUUAGAAUUUAAGAAAUUCACAGUGGAGGCAGUUGCAGCAACUAACAGUGAUGAGAACAUUAUGCAAACAAAGGCAUCUUAUGAACAACAUGGUGUACAAAAAGCCACAGUUUUUGUUCUUGAAGGGCUAUCUCUAGCUUUUGGCUUGAUGUAUGAUAAUAACAUGGAGCAUAUUUGGGACUAUUAUGUGGUAGUGGGCAGGAAUCCAAUUGUAGGCUCUUCUUUCGAAAAAGAUGUGCUGCCAAGUGGUUGGUCAAAUGCAAGUGGCAGUCCAAGGCUGAUAGCAGAAGAUGUUCCUCAUUCAGACUGGGGACAUUACUUGAACUUUCUGUGCAUGAAUCCUGGCGUGAUAUUCCAACCAAUCGCUGAUGUGGUACGAAGCAUUGUACUGACUUCUGGCACGCUAGCACCAUUGGAGACAUUCACCUCUGAGCUCAGUACUACUUUUACUAAUGAACUGCAGGCUCUUCAUAUCAUAGAUGAAAAUCGGUUAUGGGUGGGAUCCCUUGGUUCUGGACCAAGAGGUAGGGAGCUACAAGUUUCUUACCAACAUACAAGUCUGUCUGACUUCAGGCAAGAGCUAGGAAACACUAUACUUGAAGUCUGUAAAGUGAUUCCAUAUGGUGUCCUUUGCUUCCUUCCCUCAUAUGGAUUGUUGGAAGCCUUACGGCAACACUGGCUUAUGAGUGGUAUAUGGAAGGAGCUGGAGGUGCACAAGGAAGUUCUGUGUGAGAUGCGAGGCAACAAAGAUUUCUUGCCUACAAUCCAAGCAUAUUAUGAUUCUGUUAGACACUGUGAGCUCGGAAUGGGUAAAGGUCCAUUACUAUUUGCAAUCAUGCGUGGCAAAGUUAGUGAAGGACUUGACUUUGCUGAUAACCGAGCCCGGGGAGUUAUAACUGUUGGAAUACCUUAUCCCCAUUUGUAUGACAUACAAGUGGGCCUAAAGAGAAAGUACAAUGAUGCAAACGUGAAACGUGGCCUGAAGUCUGGGUCUCAGUGGUACGAGACACAGGCGUAUAGGGCUCUGAAUCAAGCAUUAGGACGGUGUAUCCGCCACAAGAAUGAUUGGGGUGCUCUUAUAAUUAUUGAUAAGAGAUUUAUGACUGUGGAGAAACAUGUUCAAGGAUUAUCCAAGUGGAUACGCAGAAAGGUGCAGUUCUUUCCCACAUUUGAGAAAUUUCACUUCAGCCUGAGGAACUUUGUACAGUACCAUAAUCCAGUGGUACCAGAAGAGUCACAGUUGAACCACCAAAAUGAUAACUGAAAGAGAAAGCUAAAUAAUUCAUAUCACAUUCUUACGUAUCAGCGAUUUCUUUUUGUUCUCAUGUACAGGUCACUCUCCCCUUGGUGGUAAUGAACAUAUUAUAAACUAAAGCGGCCCAUCCACGUAUGAGUCUGGCUCGGCGAGCUUGACUCGUGAGCCGGGCUCGGAUAUAUUCCACCACACACGCAUAGCUGACUUGGCUCGUGACACCCCACCCACAAACGAGUUUGGCUCAAUGGAACCCGAGCCAAGCCGGACUCGUACGUGGAUGGGCCGCUUAAGAGUUCUGCUGUGCCGAUCUCUUUCUGUUGGUAGAGUGAUGAGAUCUUAUGGGGUUGGUAACUGGGCCAAGUCAAAGAUCUUGGAGGGAUAUUAUAGGUGAUACAAUUAAUGAAACUUAGAUUCUGCGGAGAAUGCACGUGUUUAAUCACUAACAGCUCGAUACCAUAAAAUAAUUUUAUAUACAUUUUUAAAGUUACGAACAUACGAUCAUUCACUCUUCAUAUACUACGAGGUGCAUUACUGAUACUUUGUAACUUAAUUAAAUUAGAAUAAAAAAAUUGCAAAAGACAAAGCAAAUGGGCGUUAAUGAUUGGCGACUCAAGACGUAACAAGUAAUAAAAUAUGUAACAUAAACUUCAUUGAUAAAUUUGUAAAAAUGA